CUGACAGGUUCACUCUCAGAGUAACAGCGACUGCUACUGCUGCCUCUCUCAUCACAGACAGACGGACAGACAGACAGACGGACAGACGGAGAAACCCCCCUACCUCACCAUCAGUGCACCUCUGCUUUGGGGACCACAGGGAAGAGACCAGGUUUUCCAGGCUCUACAAGAAGGGGAGGAGUCACUGCAGGAAAGGGAGGAGACACAACAGGAAGGGGGCGGGGUCACUGCAGGAAAGGGAGGAGACGCAACAGGAAUAGGGAGGAGUCACAACAGGAAAGGGAGGGGACACAACAGGAAGAGGAGGGGUCACUUCCCCGUACCUUGACAGGAUGAGCUCCAAGGCUGUGCAGUACACCACCGUGCGCUCGCGCGCCCUCAGCGUAAGCAUCGAGGUCGGCCAGGGCAACAGGAAGCGCCACUGCGUCCAGAAAGAUGGCAGCUGCAACGUCACCUUCCGCCACGCGCCAGGGGAGUGGGGGCUGUACGUGACCGACAUCUUCACCACCCUGGUGGAGAUCCGCUGGAGGGCCAUGCUGCUCAUCUUCUCCCUCUCCUACAUCCUGUCCUGGCUCUUCUUUGGCCUCCUGUUCUGGGUGAUCGCCCUGGCGCACGGCGACAUCCAGGACCCUGCCACCGAGCCUUGUGUGGACAACGUGCGCAGUUUCACCGCCGCCUUCCUCUUCUCCCUGGAGACCCAGACCACCAUCGGCUACGGCUUCCGCGGCAUGACGGAGAACUGCAUGGUGGCCAUCGUGGUGGUGACCGUGCAGGACGUGCUCAGCUGCUUCAUCGACACCAUCGUCAUCGGCAUUGCGGUGGCCAAGAUGGCGUCGGCGCGGAAGCGGGCGCAGACAGUGGGCUUCAGCAGCUGCGCGGUGAUCGGCAUGCGGGACGGGCAGAUGUGCCUGUCCUGGCGUGUGGGCGACUUCCGCCGGAACCACAUCGUGGAGGGCACAGCCCGGGCGCAGCUGGUGCGGCACACCAUGUACCCCACCGGCCGCAUCGCCGUGUCCUACCGUGACCUGGACCUGGAGCACAGCGACAUCAUCCUGGCCACGCCCACCACCAUCACGCACCGGAUCCAACGCGGCAGCCCGCUGUAUGGCAUGAGCCUGAAGGACCUGCGCAAUGAGGACUUCGAGCUGGUGGUGUCCUUCACCUACACGGGCGACUCCACCGGCAUGCUGCACCAGACCCGCACGUCCUAUACCCCCGCCGACAUCCGCUGGGGCCACGGCUUCCAGGAGAUGCUGCGGGUGAAGAGCAGGCACUACCGCGUGGACUACGCCCUCUUCCACAACACCGUCAAGAUGCCCGCCCCUGUGGGCAGCUCUGAGGAGCAGGACCGCAGGAAGCAGUCCGUCCAGGCGCCCGGCGACAAGCCCCAAACUGCGGUAGCGCUGCUCGCUAACGGCCAGGCCCUGGAGGCUCCUGGCCCCAGUGGCGGCGUCGGAGACAGAGAGGACAAGCCGUGAGGUCUGGGGUCCAAACGGUGACCCCCAAAAGGGUGGCUCCAUUACAACCAGCCUGCAGUAUACCAGUCAAACGCAGCCUUGCCAGACACUGACGCUACAGCAGUUCCCACUAAACAGAUCACCGUACGGAGAGAGUGGAUGCAGCCUGCGGUGACAGAGAACACAUCUGGACAGAUUAGCCUACAAACACAGAGAAUGUUCUCCUCCAGCAGGCUGCUGACACAGCAUGAAAAGCUGCGGUGGAUCAGCCCAGUGUAGCCUUUUCCUUCGCUGAUGGACCCGGCAUGUAGACACCAGUCAGUGGCAAGGUGAUUCAGUCUGCAAACUGACGUGUAUCUGGAAUAUACUUAGAAUAGAAUGAUUUUUCUAAUAGCAAAAGAUCCCCCAACCGCUACUCUGUGUCUGUCAUUCUGAUGUAUCUCCCAUAUUCCCUGCGUAUAGACUGCAGGCCACUCUAACCUGCAUCAGCUGCCAGUCAGGAACAUCGGGUCCUUUCAUGCUGGCACAAAAACCCUCUCUGACUAUUUGCAAAGUAUCUUCCAUAUUCUUUUCACUAUGCAAGUACAUUUUGCAACAUAAAGGACCAUCUAUGCAGGAGUGAAGAUUGCUCUCUGGUUUUAUCCAAUACCCUUUAAGCCCACUCUUAAGCCAUCCACAAGAAAAUUCAGAUUCAGAAGAACAAAGCGUUAGAGGUGGUUAGAGCGUUCUGCCAAAAAAGUCAACCCCCUGAGUGAUGAUGCUAAUAAGAACAAUAAAUAUGGAGUAUGCAUUUAAAACUGACAGAAAGAA